AUCAAGGAAUAGGAGACAGAAAAAAAACAACAGAAUUGAGGAAACUCUUCUGUGAAAUUUCCCCACCCUUUCUCUCUCUCGAGUCUUGAAGGAAGCUAAGGUCAUUAGAGGAGGGAGAGCCGUUGGAGAGAGAAACGUCUUUCUCCCUCGUAUUCGAUUUUUACCUUCAGUUUAAUUUUUCCUGCUUACUUCAAUAUAUCUCUUAACCUAUUUUCAAGUGAUGGAUGGAAAUUUAAAUGAGAACGAGUCGCUGAUGGCUCGCAUCCAGCAACUGGAGCAUGAGCGAGAUGAAUUACGCAAGGAUAUUGAACAGUUGUGUAUGCAGCAAGCUGGACCAAGUUACCUAGUUGUGGCUACUCGAAUGCAUUUUCAGAGGACAGCUGGUUUGGAGCAGGAGAUUGAGAACUUGAAAAAGAAGUUAGCUGCUUGCACAAGGGAUAAUCUAAAUCUUCAAGAGGAGCUGUCGGAGGCGUACCGAAUCAAAAGCCAGUUAGCAGAUCUACAUGCUGCAGAGGUCACAAAGAAUGUUGAAGCAGAAAAGCAGCUAAAAUUUUUCCAAGGCUGUGUGGCAGCUGCUUUUGCAGAGAGGGAUAAUUCAAUAAUGGAGGCCGAGAAGGCUAAGGAGAAAGAGGAGCUUAUGUCACUGAAAUUUAAUGAGUUCCAUAAGAGGUUGGAAGAGCUUAACUCAGAUUAUCUUGAACAGAAAAAUCUUAAUGCUACACUACAGGUUGAUUUAGCAAAAGAAGAAGAGCUGAAUGAAACUUUCAAGGAGGUUAUAAAUAAGUUUUAUGAGAUCAGGCAGCAAGCUGUUGAGGGAUUAGAGGAUACAAGUUGGGAUGAUAAAUGUGCAUAUUUGUUGCAGGAUCCUGUGGAAAUGUGGAGUUUCAAUGAUACUUCUACCUCUUCAUACAUAAGUGCAUUGGAAGAUGAGGUGGAGAAGAUGAAGAGAUCCGUAGAGAAUCUUCAAAGUAAAUUACGCAUGGGUCUGGAAAUUGAAAACCAUCUAAAGAAGAGUGUUCGUGAAUUGGAAAAGAAGAUAUUCCAUUCAUACAAAUUCCUUAUCAAUGGGAUUGUAGAAUUACGCCACUUCCAUUCUCAGCUUAGAGUUGAUGUUACGAAUUUGCUUGAUGAGGGAAAAUCCCAUAUUAAAUCAAUGGCUGAUGUGAUCCAAGAAACUAUGCAGCAGUUUGAUGUGGGCAGAGGACAGAAUAUUGGGACUGAUCUGAGAAAUGAAAAAUUAGAGGAAUAUGAGUGUCGAGAUGUACAUAUAAGUACUGAUGCUAAUACCAGUUUAGUAUCUAAGAGGAAUAGCCCUGGUUUAUCUAAUGUUGUAGCUGAAAGAAAGCCUGAUACCUCUGAAACCCUUGCACUGGCUUUGCAAGAGAAGGUUGCAGCAUUAUUGCUUUUGUCGCAACAGGAAGAAAGACAUUUAUUGGAAAAAAAUGUGAAUGUGGCUCUUCAGAAAAAGAUUGAGGAACUUCAGCGAAACUUAUUACAAGUUACCAAUGAAAAGGUAAAAGCUCUCAUGGAGAUGGCACAGUUAAAGCAGGAACUCCAUCUGCUACAAGAGAAAAUCAGUAAUGGAAUGAAAGAAGGAAAACAUUGGGCUGAAAUGGGGGAAAAUAGACUUGUUACCCCUGAAAGAGAUGGAAGGUUAAGGAAUUUGUUGAAGAAAACAUAUCUAAGACGUUGGAUUGGUGCACAAGAUUUCAGUGGACCGGACACUCAAACUCACCUAAAUAAUGCAGGUGACAUGACUGCCAGAAGGUCCAGUAGUAUGGAUUUUGCCAGAAUGAGGAUUGAAAAUGCAACCCUUAAGGAGAGCAUGGAAAGUAUGGAGCAUCUGACCACUUCAAUUCAUAGACUUCGUGUCUCACUUUCCAAGGUCAAAGAAUCAGUUACUUCUGAGGGCACAUUUACUACUGGCAUGUCUGAUUCUCUUGAUGAAAUCAUUACCGACGCAAAACUUGUAAAGACUGCCCUGGGCAGCUCCCUACCUUUAAGUUGGUCAGCUGAUGCAGAUGACGGAUCAAUUGGUGAAACUAUUGGCAGUGCACUAGAUAUAUAUGUGGACUCUUGCAGUGAAAAGAUAGAUUCUGUUUCUGCUGCUGGAUUUGAGAUGGUGGAGUUAGUAAUACUUGCAUCUCAGAUAUUGAAAGACAGUGCAGCCAUAAGGGGUUCAUGAAGCGAGGCUGGUUAGAAGUCACGCUGAUACAGGACUUGCCACGUACUCUGGUUGUUAAUUGUUGGCUCCAGUUGAUACUUGUCCUGGAAGUUAUUGGUACUUUGUAUAUAUGUAGAUAUCCUGUGAUUUAGGACAUGAAAGAAAAUCUACAAGGGCAAGGAGGAAGGAAAUGAAAAUGCAGCUGCACUCCAGGAGACAAUGUCAAAAUAGGCUGAGUGGAAGAUGUUGCAAAAUCAUGUCAUUGUUAAUGAAUGCCCUAACGAUUUGAACGUGGUGUGGUUUCGGGAAUGUUGGCAGCUUCAGUCCUUGAAAUAUAUAAAUGGGUUUAUUUGUCAGUUGCUUGUAUGCUGUACAGUCAUAUCAUGAUUGGAUUAAUAUUUAUUAUUGUUGUGGAAAAGCCUUAGCCAAAGCUUCAGGUUUCAAUAUUUAUUUAAA